AUGACUUUAACCGAGGAUAUUUGGAAGCUAUACUUUGAUGGCGCUGUGAAUCAAAAAGGGUUUGGAAUUGGCCUGUUGUUAAUAGCACCCGAUGGAUCUCACAUCUCGCUCGCCUUCAAGCUGAACUUUGAGGUCACCAACAAUCAAGCGGAACAUGAGGCUUGCAUUGUGGGUAUGGAAGCAACAAUUGAGAUCAGCACAGAGAAAUUGGAAGUGGUGGGAGAUUCCAAUUUGGUAGUAUCACAGGCCAACGAAGAUUGGAAAGUCAAAGAGCAAAAACUGAAGCCAUACCAUCAGGACCUCGAAGACCUCAUCCCCCAUUUCAAUAAGGUGACUUUCACUCAUGAACCGAGGCUCGAAAAUCGAUUUGCGGAUGCCUUGGCAACUUUAGCAUCCAUGGUCGAAAUCCCUAUAGGUGUGAAACUGAGGCCGAUUGUGAUCGAACAAAGAGAUACACCGGUAUAUCAACAUGUCAUGACUGUUGACGAGCCCGAUGACGGUCACCCUUGGUAUUACGAUAUUUGGAGGUUCGUGGAAAAAGGAGAAUACCCCAUUGAAGUAAGUAAGAAGGACAAAAUCGCCCUCCAAAGGAUGGCAGCUCAAUACAUCAUCUGCGGAGGAAAUUAUUUCGAAGGUCACACUGUGGCAUGCACAAAUUAUGCAUCCAUGGUGCAGAAGCAAGAAGGGUAA